UAUGUCAGAAGAAUAAGCAGUGGAUUUUACUUUUAGUAGUUUGUUACCAACAGCAGAAAAGUUAAUGACAUGGCUUACAUAUUCUACUCUAUUUGGUUUAAUAUCCUUCCCCUUGAUUGCAUUGACCAUUGAUCAAUAAUUGUAUUUAUGUUAUUUAUAAAUAGUGCUUUUCAUUUUUGGAUCUUAACUUUUCUUGAUGCAGGAUUAUUAUUCACUUUACUUUAUUUGAAAGGUUAGCUUAGUUAAAUAGAGAGAGAAAAAAAUGAAUUCACUUAAGAUGAAUCCAAAAAAUCUUAAAAAAAGAAGAAGCCAUUAGAAAAUGAAAAAAAUAAAGUUGCUUAGAAAGCAAAGAAGGAAUCAUAAAAACAUAAUUCAAUGAAUUACAAUAAAGCAGUAGGAAAAUAGAAAUCAUUCCAAUAAAGAAAAUGAUUU